AGGCCUUCACGGCCCUGGCCGCUGGCUGGGCGCGUUCUCCCCGGGCGGGUGGGGCCCGAGGUGUUUUUCGGCCGAGCUUCCCGGCGCGGUCCGUCCCAGGCCACUCCCGGGGCGCAGGCUCCGCGGCCGCUGCUGAGGAGACGCUCCCGGGGCUCCUGCCGCCUCCCGGGCCCGGGGCCGCGUCCUCCCUCGGCGCGCGGGGCCGGCAUGGAGCUCUUCCAAGCCAAGGACCACUACAUCCUGCAGCAGGGCGAGCGCGCGCUGUGGUGCAGCCGCCGCGACGGCGGCCUCCAGCUCCGACCCGCUACUGAUCUCCUUCUUGCCUGGAAUCCUAUUUGUUUGGGAUUGGUAGAAGGUGUUAUUGGGAAGAUUCAGCUUCACUCAGAUCUUCCAUGGUGGCUUAUUCUAAUUCGGCAGAAAGCUUUGGUGGGCAAACUCCCAGGAGGCCAUGAAGUCUGUAAAGUUACGAAAAUUGCUGUGCUAUCACUUUCUGAAAUGGAACCUCAGGAUCUUGAGCUAGAGACACCAGAUGUGGACUUUUGGAUUAUUCCCCUUAUCCAAGGUUUUGUGCAGAUUGAAGAGCUUGUGGUUAAUUAUAAUGAAUCAUCUGAUGAUGAGAAAAGCAGCCCAGAGACACCCCCUCAGGAGUCCACCUGUGUAGAUGACAUUCACCCACGAUUUUUAGUGGCUCUUAUUUCACGCCGGAGUAGACACAGAGCAGGAAUGCGCUAUAAACGAAGAGGAGUGGAUAAAAAUGGAAAUGUUGCAAAUUAUGUAGAGACUGAGCAGUUAAUUCAUGUUCAUAAUCAUACACUGUCCUUUAUUCAGACACGAGGCUCUGUGCCUGUCUUUUGGAGCCAGGUUGGGUAUCGAUAUAAUCCAAGACCUCGGCUGGACAAAAGUGAAAAGGAAACUGUUGCCUAUUUCUGUGCCCAUUUCGAAGAACAACUGAAAAUUUACAAAAAACAGGUUAUUAUUAACUUAGUAAACCAGACAGGAAGAGAGAAAAUUAUUGGUGAUGCUUACCUGAAACAAGUGCUGCUUUUUAACAACUCUCAUCUCACUUAUGUUUCCUUUGACUUCCAUGAGCACUGCCGAGGAAGAAAGUUUGAGAAUGUUCAAACCCUAACAGAUGCCAUCUAUGACAUUAUUCUUGACAUGAAGUGGUGUUGGGUUGAUCAAGCUGGAGUGAUAUGUAAACAAGAAGGGAUUUUUCGAGUUAAUUGCAUGGACUGCCUGGAUCGCACAAACGUGGUCCAAGCUGCCAUUGCAAGAGUGGUCAUGGAACAGCAGCUGAAAAAAUUAGGUGUGAUGCCCCCAGAGCAGCCACUGCCUGUGAAAUGUAAUCGGAUCUACCAGAUAAUGUGGGCAAACAAUGGUGACUCCAUUAGCAGACAGUAUGCUGGGACAGCUGCUCUGAAGGGUGACUUUACAAGGACAGGUGAAAGGAAGUUAGCAGGAGUUAUGAAAGAUGGUGUCAACUCAGCGAAUAGGUAUUACCUCAAUCAGUUUAAGGAUGCUUAUAGGCAAGCCGUUAUAGCCUCAUUGAUGCUACUCAUAGAGAUGUGGAUGUGCUGUUAUUGCUUUCUAACUCUGCCUACUACGUGGCCUAUUAUGAUGAUGAAGUGGAUAAAGUAAACCAGUAUCAACGACUAAGUCUAGAAAACCUGGAAAAAAUAGAAAUAGGUCCUGAACCCACUCUUUUUGGUAAGCCGAAGUUUUCCUGCAUGCGACUGUACUACAGAUAUAAAGAAGCAAGUGGUUAUUUCCACACACUGAGAGCUGUACCACGUAAUCCAGAAGAAGAUGGAAAAGACACCCUUCAGUGCAUUGCAGAGAUGUUGCAGAUCACCAAGCAAGCUGUAGGUCUGGAUGUGCCCAUAGUCGAGAGAAAACUCGAGAGGAAGAGCAGUAAACCUCAUGAAGGAAUCAUUGGUAUCAGAUCUCAAAACCAAGGCUCUUUGGCCCAGGGGAAGAAUUUUUUAAUGAGCAAAUUUUCCUCUCUAAAUCAAAAAGUGAAACAGACCAAAUCCAAUGUAAAUAUUGGCAACCUACGAAAAUUAGGAAACUUUACAAAACCUGAAAUGAAAGUUAAUUUUCUAAAACCAAACUUAAAAGUCAACCUUUGGAAAUCAGAUAGUAGUCUUGAGACUAUAGAAAACUCGGGAGUGAUGGAUAAUAAGGUCCAGGCAGAGUCUGAUGAGGACAUGUCUUCAGAUGACUCAUACCACUCUGAUGAAUUCCUUACCAAUUCCAAGUCGGAUGAAGACAAGCAGCUGGCUAAUUCUUUAGAGAAUGUAGGGCUGAUCGAUUAUGUUCUUCCUAGUUGUGGUAUUAUUGCUUCAGCACCUCGAUUAGGCAGUCGAUCUCAGUCUAUUAGCAGCACUGAUAUUAGUAUUCAUGCUCCUUCAGAGGUCACUGUUGCUCAUGGAAGUGGGCUUGGAAAAGGCCAGGAGUCUCCUUUGAACAAGAGCCCUUCUGACAACAUACACAUAUUGACUGGCUUUGCUAAGCCUGUGGAUAUUUACUGCCACAGAUUUGUCCAAGAUGCACAAAACAAAAUGACUGAGCCGUCAGAGACCAAGUCUGGGUCUCAGCAAGCUAGUGAGGAAGGAAAUCAAAUGACCAAUCAAGUUUCUAAUGAAGAAACUCAAUCAGAAUCAACGGAACAGACACCUUCUCGGCCAUCUCAUUUAGAUGUGUCUUCUGGGACAGGCCCCCAAUUUUUGUCAGUUGAACCAGUUCAUUCAGUUGUAUCUCAAAAGACUCCCAGCUCUGGUCUCAGCAUGGAACUUGAGGCAGGGCAUCGUGUAACUCCUUCUCCUUCUGAGAACAGUAGCAGCAGAGCAGUCUCUCCCUUUGCAAAGAUUCGCAGCUCCAUGGUCCAGGUUGCUAGUAUUACCCAAGCUGGGUUCACCCAUGGGAUAAACCUGGCAGUAGCCAAAGUUCAGAAGAGUCCUGCAGAACCUGAAGUAGUUAAUGAAGUCCAACAAAAUGAACUUAAAAAUAUGUUUACACAAUGCCAGACAAGAAUAAUCCAGAUUUAGAUUUUAGCCACAAAGAAUCGUGUUUUAUUUUAAAAUGUUUUCACAUAUUAGGCUAUUUUAACUUGUAUUGUUUGAAUCUAGGGAUCACCAAUUCUGGUUAUUGGGAAGGGUCUUCAGAGGAGGUUGAACUUGAGAUUUCCAGAUUUGAGAGCCAAGACUAGGCUGUGUCAUCCUACAUUGUGUAGACCUGAGUAGCAUAUACACUACAAAACUACAGAGCAGUUUAUUCAUUUGAAAGUAAUUCAGGAACAGGUCAGUUUGGUAUAGAACCUGAAGUGGGUAUUUUUUGGGUGAAGGGGGGGAUGAAGUAUAGGAAGUAGACACAAGGAAUGGACAUGGGCCCAUUUGAGAGUAGCAUUUUUGUCAGUUCAUUCCUGUUUAUUACCUCUACAAGGUACCAUUUAGUUUAGUGAAUUUAGAAUGGAGAAGCAUGACUAUAAAAAAUUUUUAUGACUUAACCAUUCCCUGUGAAGAGUUGAGGAUUACUAAUGCUGUAGUUAAAAACUCAUUUGAUCCUAACUUUCCCCAUAUUCAAGGGCCGGGGAUUUAGCUCAGUGGUUCUGCCGCCUGCCUCAUAAGUACAAGGACCCGAGUUCGAUCAAUGGUACCAAGAAAAAAAAAAGUACACACCUUAUAUUCUAACUUGAAUUAUUCUGUCACCUGUGGUCUUCAAAUUGAGACACGCUGACUUGCCUGUUGUAAAGUAAACCCAGUGCAUCAAAUGUAUCUGGUGGUACCCAUUUUAUCUUGCUCUCUUUAAAGAAUGUAUUGGCUAUCAGAAAUUCUGAAAGUCUUCAAGUUUUAACUUUUCCAGGACAUUCCUCAACAUCUGGUACACACUACUCCAACUUGUGAAAAUUUGGUUUGAAACACUGUUGUGUGAAAACUGGUUUUAUGAUGAUAAUCCUGACCAUGGAGAGCCAGAGCCACCUGUAUAACCAACCCACACAGGAAGAAAGCUGCACAGCACAGUCCAGCAAGUAUUGGUUUCUCUGCUAUCUUUAGAGCCUUACUCUAUUGAAGUGAUUCUUAGCUGAACAGUAUGUCGUAACUUUGAUAAACAUUCCGUUUUUGUUAUUUAUUAGUGGUAUUUUUUUGAUGUGUCAAAUCUUGUGACUAUUAAAAAGUACCAGUAAAGUGACAA